AAAUCACCCAAAUAAUUAUUUUAUAAAGAACCCAAAAAAAAAAAAAAAAACAGACGGCAGAGAAACAAUGGAACGUGGAGCUCCUCUCUCUCACUAUCAGCUACCCAAAUCCAACUCUGGAUUGAAUUUGGAGCAGCACAAUAACUCAAUCCCGACAGUGACCGGCUCCAUCGUUGCUUGUGACGACAAGAACAAGAAUGUCGUGGUGCAGCAGCAACCAUGCAUGGCUCGUGAGCAAGACCAAUACAUGCCAAUCGCAAACGUCAUAAGGAUCAUGCGUCGAAUCUUACCGUCGCACGCCAAAAUCUCCGAUGACGCCAAAGAAACGAUUCAAGAAUGCGUCUCCGAGUACAUCAGCUUCGUGACUGGUGAAGCCAACGAGCGUUGCCAACGUGAGCAACGUAAGACCAUAACUGCUGAAGACAUUCUUUGGGCUAUGAGUAAGCUUGGGUUCGAUGAUUACGUGGGACCACUCAACGUUUUCAUUAACCGAUACCGUGAGUUCGAGACCGAUCGUGGGUGCUCACUUAGAGGUGAGUCAUCGUCAUUCAAACCGGCCUUUGCUGGAAGUGGUAUUGGGUUUCACGGCCCACCUCAUGGCCCACCUCCUCCGAGUGCCUAUGGUUAUGGUAUGUUGGAUCAGUCUAUGGUCAUUGGUGGUGGUCGGUACUAUCAAAACGGGUCGGGUCAGGAUGGAUCCGGUGGUGGUGGUGGAUCUUCGUCUUCUAUGAAUGGAAUGUCGGUUUUUGACCCGUAUGCUCAUCAGUACAAGUGAAGAUGAAAGAUUUCUUUGAUUUUCUGCAUGUCUAUUCAAAACAUGUUUUGGAUAGAUAUUUUUAUGUUUUAUCAGACAUUUCUAUUUGUUUCGUCCUUGAAGAAAAGAAUUGCAUCACAAACUUCAAUU